GAAAGGCGUGUCCGUGUUUGCAGGUCACAUGACUGUAAGGAGAAGCUGAGCCAUCAUGCCGACUACACAGCAGUCCCCGCAGGAUGAACAGGAAAAACUUCUGGAUGAAGCAGUCCAAGCUGUGAAAGUACAGUCAUUUCAGAUGAAGAGAUGUCUGGACAAGAACAAGCUGAUGGAUGCACUGAAGCAUGCCUCCAAUAUGCUGGGAGAACUCCGCACCUCCAUGUUGUCUCCGAAGAGUUACUAUGAGCUAUACAUGGCCAUCUCCGAUGAGCUCCAUUACCUAGAGGUUUAUCUUACAGAUGAGUUUGCCAAAGGAAGAAAAGUGUCUGACCUGUAUGAACUUGUUCAAUAUGCUGGGAAUAUCAUCCCAAGACUUUAUCUGCUGAUCACUGUUGGUGUUGUCUAUGUGAAAUCCUUUUCCCAGUCAAGGAAAGACAUCCUGAAGGAUAUGGUGGAGAUGUGCCGCGGAGUGCAGCACCCACUAAGAGGACUCUUUCUACGCAAUUACCUCCUGCAGUGCACUCGGAAUAUCCUGCCAGAUGAAGGGGAACAGACUGAUGAGGAAGUUACAGGAGACAUCAGUGACUCCAUGGAUUUUGUACUGCUGAAUUUUGCUGAAAUGAACAAGCUGUGGGUGCGUAUGCAGCACCAGGGACACAGCAGGGACAAAGAGAAGAGGGAACGUGAGCGACAGGAACUUCGUAUUCUGGUUGGAACCAACUUAGUCCGGCUCAGUCAACUGGAGGGAGUCAAUGUUGAACGGUAUAAGCAGAUUGUGUUACCUGGGAUACUGGAACAGGUUGUUAACUGUAGAGAUGCACUGGCUCAGGAAUACCUCAUGGAAUGUAUCAUACAGGUUUUCCCUGAUGAAUUUCAUCUUCAAACACUGAACCCUUUCCUUCGCGCCUGUGCAGAGCUCCACCAAAAUGUGAAUGUGAAAAACAUCAUCAUCGCUUUAAUUGACAGGUUAGCCCUGUUUGCACAUCGAGAAGAUGGUCCUGGGAUCCCUGCAGAUAUAAAACUAUUUGACAUUUUCUCACAGCAGGUGGCCACAGUCAUACAGUCAAGGCAGGAUAUGCCCUCAGAAGACGUUGUGUCCUUGCAAGUGUCUCUUAUUAACUUGGCGAUGAAGUGCUAUCCUGAUCGGGUGGAUUAUGUUGAUAAGGUGUUGGAGACAACUGUGGAGAUCUUCAACAAGCUCAACCUGGAACACAUUGCCACAAGCAGCGCCGUCUCGAAGGAACUGACCAGACUUCUGAAGAUCCCAGUAGAUACUUACAACAACAUCCUGACUGUUCUGAAACUCAAACAUUUCUAUCCACUCUUUGAAUACUUUGACUACGAGUCCAGAAAGAGUAUGAGCUGCUAUGUGCUGAGCAGUGCCUUGGAGUACAACACUGAGGUUGGAUCUCAAGAACAGGUGGAUGCCAUCAUGAACUUAGUAUCCACGCUCAUCCAGGACCAGCCAGACCAGCCAGCAGAAGACCCUGAUCCUGAAGACUUUGCUGAUGAGCAGGGGCUUGUAGGAAGGUUCAUUCACCUUUUGAGGUCAGACGACCCUGAUCAGCAGUACCUGAUCUUGAACACUGCUCGAAAGCAUUUUGGUGCAGGGGGAAACCAGCGAAUCCGUUACACGUUACCGCCCUUGGUGUUUGCAGCAUAUCAGCUUGCUUUCCGAUACAAAGAAAAUGCCAAAGUAGAUGAUAAGUGGGAUAAGAAGUGUCAGAAAAUCUUCUCCUUUGCCCACCAGACGAUCAGCGCAUUAAUAAAAGCAGAGUUGGCCGAGUUGCCCCUCAGACUAUUUCUCCAAGGUGCUUUGGCAGCUGGUGAAAUUGGAUUUGAAAACCAUGAGACUGUGGCCUAUGAGUUUAUGUCUCAGGCAUUUUCACUAUAUGAAGAUGAGAUCAGCGACUCGAAGGCACAGCUGGCGGCCAUCACUCUCAUCAUUGGAACCUUUGAGAAGAUGAAAUGUUUCAGUGAAGAAAACCAUGAGCCUCUGAGGACACAGAGUGCACUGGCUGCCUCAAAGCUCCUGAAGAAGCCAGAUCAGUGCAGGGCCGUGAGCACCUCCGCUCAUCUCUUCUGGUCUGGACGCAACACAGAUAAGAAUGGUGAAGAGAUUCAUAGUGGCAAGCGCGUCAUGGAGUGUUUGAAAAAGGCUCUGAAGAUCGCCAACCAGUGCAUGGAUCCUUCCCUUCAAGUGCAACUCUUCAUAGAAAUUCUUAACCGAUACAUCUACUUCUACGAGAAGGAAAAUGAUGCGGUCACCAUUCAGGUAUUGAAUCAACUGAUCCAGAAGAUCCGUGAAGACCUUCCCAACCUAGAGGCCAGCGAGGAGACAGAACAAAUAAACAAACAUUUUCACAACACUCUGGAACAUUUACGUCUACGGAAGGAGUCGCCGGAAGCUGAAGGUCCCGUAUAUGAGGGUCUUGUUUUGUGAAGUGAACCCCGUUUGCCCGGUCCAUCGUCCCUUGCCAUGAAUUCAUCUGUUGUUCUGCUAUGAUUCUUUUUCCCAUAAAUUCUAAUAAUUUCCCUUCAGUGAUAGAUUGUGCCUUUUGGAAAUGCCAAGUAUUAAAAGCAUCAAUUUCCAGACCAUUUCUGAAAAUUACCAUAAAGGUGUCAUGAGCAUCAUGCCUAGAAAUUAGACUGCUCUCAUACUAUCGUUUAUCCUCUUGGGGAGGAAUUUUCACACCCAUAAAGAGGAAGUAUAAGUGAGAAUCCCUGUAGUUUUACAGUAUUUGCCCACCUGUUAAAAGUGCCCUUUUACAUAAGUAUAGUCACACUAAUACAUUCUGGCUGCCUGCAGCCUCCACAACUGCACAAUGCUUACAUCUUACAGUUUUUGUCUACAAACCUUUUAUUAUUUGCAGGAUAAAUUAGAACAAAAUGCAUUGUCAAUGGUAUAGAAAUAUAAUAAAGGAACAUGUAACUCCCAAACAAAAAAUGAAUGUAUACACUAAUGUUAGAAGUCUGCUGACAGCUUUAUGUAGAGGAGGGGAGACGAGUGUAAUCAUAUGUUGAGGCCCAAGCAUGCAAGUACCGUGAAACCUCUUUGAGAUGACCACCCAAAAUUGUGCAAAAAAUAAAAAAGACUGGUCUUCUAGGGUGGUGUUCUUAUGAGAAUGCAUUAUAAGUGUGGAACUGAAAAUCUAUUGCAGAAAAUCCAGUCUGGAUAAGGUAAGGGUCUUCUCAAAAAGGUGAUCUUUUGAAAGUGUUUCACUGUACUUAGGAGGCAGGCCCUUAAUAUAUGGCACCUCCUUUAACAUGAAGACCGUAUGCUCACAGGGGGUACAACUGCUGGGAUUCCCUGCAAUCUCGAGUAUGGAAUUCAAGUAUGCGCUGUACUGCUCCCCUGGUUGUCUGUGGGGCUGCGAAGAUAAUAUAGUACAGAGCUUUGAAAGGGAAUAAUUGUUAAAAGGGUAUUUCAAGCAUAGGAUAGGGAUAUUGUGUUAAAUCACUGGAAAUGUGGCUUUUAGGACCCUUCACAAUCUCCAAAAUGGGGCCCCUGGUCUUUGUUAUUAAUGGAGCAGCCAGUCACACAUGCAUGCUGCUCUGUGCAUUCUCUGUGGAGCUGCCUAAUGCAACACUCGGCUAUCUUCAACAGCUCCAUAUAGAAAGGAUGGAGUAGCGGUGCGCAUGUGCAACUUGCUGCUCCAUACAUAACAAAGACUCAGAGGCCCCAUUCUGGAAAUCCAAGGGGGUUCCCGAUGGUCGUACACUGCAGCCUCACAUUCAUCCCCUGUUCUGUGGAAAGGGAAUAAGUCAUUUUAACUACACAAAUACACGUUUAAUGGUAGCACAAACCCUCUUGGUGCCAAAGUUCUAUUGCAUCAAGUACCUCUUCAGUCCUUUUUCUCAACUGAGUGUGGUAGUGACUUCUUGAUUGGAUGCUAGGACUCUCCACCUGAGAGGCUGCCGUAGCAGCAACUAGAGCAAUAAAACUCUUUUUUUUGUCGGUCAUGCAGGUCGCAUAAUCGGGACCCAAGGUAUAAUUACACUCCCCCAAUCCUCUAUAUAGUACAGAAGACUCAACACUGGGGACCAUUUACCUUUAGUGUCAGUAUUCUAUACUUCCCCUAUAAAGAACUAAAGAAUGUAUUGUUACAAUCAUGGAAAUCUCCUCUUCAUGAUCCCCCCCCCCCCCACACACACACACACACACACACACACACACACACACAAACACACACGAAAAAAACUUGUUAAUUCACCUGCUGUAGGUAUGUAGUAGUACUUAUGUCCUAUACAGAUCAUAGCCAAUAAUCUCAUGUAAGGUAAAAGCGGCUAUUCUUACAGUAAAUUGAAGAAAUGCUUUAUCGGUUUUCAGCAAGUAUGAAGCCAAUGGCUUAAAACUGCACUUACAGAAUGAAACUUGCAGUUUAAUAUCUUGUUAGAAGCCUAGCGAUGUCUUUAACAAGACUGAAGUGUUACGGUUAUAAUUGUUACAGUAGGGAUUGUAACCAGUCAUGAAGAAUUGUAAUGCUGAAGUAAGACUGGUCCCAAGUCCACUUGCUAUUAUAUUGAAGGAAUAUGAACACAUCUAUGUUUAUGGGACUCCUCUAUAAGAUGUAUUAUUUAAGAGUUUGAAGAAUCUAUCUGUGCUGGUCGUGGCUUAGUAAAACUUCCCAAAUGAUUGUGUGCUGUUAUAAUAUUUAGUUCAGCUUGUAAUGUGGGCAAUGAGCAGCCAUAAUUGUAUUGGGUAACGUUGUCUAUGCCCGUAAUUUGGAGCUGUGUGUGUGGGAAAAAAAUGGCGCUCCAACCUCUUAUAAUGAUGUUCCAAGGUGGACGUUCCUUAUAGACUGCAUUCCCUGCAGAAAUGAGAAAAUAAAAAAAGGACAUUUUUUAAUUAAUACAAGGUCCUAGCUGGUGAUAUCUGUAUCAGGGAAUGUUGGGUGACCACCACUAUGACCAUUACAAUUCCUGUAGGGGCAUCACCUACUUUUCCUAGACUUGCUGCAUAAUAAAUGACAUUUGCUCUUAUGGGCUGUGAAAAUAUAACAAAAAAACCUGCAGAAGAUAUAAUGUUGGCUAGUUUUAGUUUUCUUACAGAUACAACUUUAAGCAGUUGACAUUGACCUUUUUACAAAUUUGAAGUCUUUUUGUUUUUAGAUGGGUAUUGAUCAUUACCUUUGUGUCUGCUAAGAUGGGUGUUGUUCUUAAAGGGGUUUUCUGGAAUUUGAUAAAUAUAUUGAAUUCCAGAAAACCCCUUUAAGAAAACCCCUCAAUCUUUGCAGACAUAGUGCAGUAAAUGUAAGGCCAAAAGCAGACCUCUCCAAUAGCAUUACCCUAUAGAUUUGCUUUGGCUGACCAUGCACAUGUGUUUUCAGAAAUAGGUGAAGUGGUGCUGUUGCACUUUCCCUUUAACAUUUUCUUUUAAUGCAGCAAGCAGCACCACCCCCUCUCAUUCCAGCUUGUAUCAGAGCAUGCCUUGGGACUUCCAGAAUGGACGGAGUUCUAUUUUAGUGACUGGGGUUCUGUUUUGUCCAGUGAGGGCCAGUACUGUGCGCAGACCUCCUUUAUCAUCAGCGUUCAUGUUUGACAUAGCAUAAGAAGAAAUCUUGAGAACAUUUGUGAUGAAAUAUAUAGUGUAUGUAUAACCAUUCUUGUAAAUUUAGAUAUAAAUGCGGUAUGCACAUUUAUUCAGUCUCAUGAUUUGCACCCGUGGUAUAAUAAAAUGAUUAUUAACAGUUCAGAA